GGCGCAACUCGGAACUAAUAUUCCUGCCUCAAUGCUCUCGAUUUGCGAAGAGCAGAGCCGGAGCGACGGCAGCGCUAAUGAAAUGCCUUGCGUGGCCGCGGUGUCGCGCGGCCGAAGCAGCUCCAAUCCAUCCUUCCUAAGGUCGUCACCGUGAACGAACAUCGAACCCAAAUUGGUGCCCAAAUACUUAUGCGGUUCGUCUGUCUGCGUGGCUGAUUCGACCCGCGAUCCGCUGCGUUAGGACACGAAAUGGACAGGAUCGAGGACAACGUGAAGAGGCUGCUGAACGGCGACGCCUUGAAGGAAUCGCAGGACUUCUGCGACUUCACCCUUGAGGCGCAGAACGACGCGACAGUGGCUAAAGGCGUUGCUCCAGCCGCCCCAUCAGACUACGUGCCUAAUUUGAACAAGAAUGUUUGCUACAUUGUUGCCGCCGUGCUGAUCAACGAGUCGGGUGAUGUCCUGAUGAUGCAGGAGGCCAAAAGGUCCUGCGCUGGACAGUGGUACCUGCCUGCGGGACACAUUGAAGUAGGCGAGACCAUCCAACAGGCAGUGGAGCGUGAGGUUUUGGAAGAAACUGGCUUGACAAUGCAGAGUACAACCCUUGUGAUGGUCCAGUCUGCGGAGGGCUGUUGGUUCCGAUUCGUUUUCACUGGGAACACCGCAGGUCGUCUAAAGACUCCAGCCGACGCGGAUUCCGAGUCGUUGCAGGCCAAGUGGAUUUCGGACAUCAACGAGCUGAGUUUGAGGGCGUCUGACGUGGAGCCGUUGGUGGAUCGCGGCCGCCAACACUGGUCUGCCAUGCGGGAAAAGCAGAUGUGGCACCCAGAAGUCCUGCCGGUCGCCAGACACCACAACAAGCUGCUCCUCCGACUGCUCAUUUGUGUGAGGAAAAAGGACACGAAUAGAGUGCACAUCCUGCUGUCCGAAAAAACGGAAGCGCACAUUCCAGUCUGCGAAAUCAACCCAAGACGCAGUCUCCAUUCCACGCUGAAGAAGUAUAUGACGGAAAUCUUUGGCGCCGAACUUCCUCAACACAGACCGCACGGGGUGCUGAAUGUUGAGCAUUCGCCAAUGACCAACAGUGUCGAUGUUGAGGGUGAUGGCUUCUGUUUGACUCUACUUGUCUCCAUCCGACAGCCUCUGGAGGAGGUUGGACUUAUUGACAAGUACACUUGGCUGGAGGUGAACUCGAAUCUAGAAGCGCAAAUUUUGCCUCGUAUGGGAAAGAAUAUGACUGCCAUGCUUCAUGUUAUAAGAUAAACGAAAAAUCUGCUUCCCUUUUGCUAUCUCCAUUUUAUCUGCGAUGGCAGCUAACCAAGCCUUAAAUAUAUAUGUGUAUUUAACUGUGUAUUGACUUUUUGUUACCCAGGAUAUUGUACAUGCCAGCCAAUGUAAGGUUGCUAGGCUUAAAUUUGGAUUGAAUGGACUGGUUAACGCAACACCAAUAAUAUGGAAGGUAUUAUAUUAUAUGAAUAAUGAUGGAAUGAUAUGAUUAUUAUCUGAAAAAAUUACUAUUUAAUCCUUAUGGAAGCAUACUGUCAGUGAACAUUCCACCUCUUGUCUUGUUAAGCGGAGUAAUUAUUUUGUUUUGCUCAAAUGGUGUACAAAAUUGUUAUUGGUCAAUAAAAGUUUAUAGAUCUGA